ACCAACACCCACCAACACCCGCGUCUCCCACUCCGCCCAAAAACUUCACCUGCCGCGGCUCCUUUCUUUUCUCCUCCUCUUCCAUCAUCUCGGCAAUCCAAGAAUCCCAUUCCCCCACCCCCUCCCCAUUUCCAAAAAGAAAGAAUAAUGGCCACCGCCAAUUCCAUCAACAAGAAGCCAAAACCCUCGCCAACGGGAUAUGUCAAGGCAGCGAUCCUGGUGGCACUGGUGAUCGGGGCGGGGAGCUGCUUCUACGCGGCGAUCCAGCCACCAGUGCCGCGGCCGUGCGGGUCGGAGGGGGGCCCGCCUGUGACCGCGCCCAGGAUCCGGCUGAGAGAUGGUCGGUUCUUGGCCUACUCUGUGACGGGCGUCCCCAAAGAGAGGGCCAGGUACAAGAUCAUCUUCUGCCACGGCUUUACCGGCUCCAGGCUCGACGGUCUCCGAACCUCCCCUGAAUUAGUUGAGGAGCUGGGCGUAUGCAUGGUUGGGUAUGACCGAGCUGGCUAUGGUGAGAGUGAUCCUAAUCCAAGGCGGUCAUUGAGGAGCGAGGCAUUGGACAUCGCAGAGCUUGGAGAUAAGCUGGAACUGGGGCCUAGAUUUUACUUGGUUGGGUUCUCACUGGGAUGUCAUGCUGUUUGGGCAUCCAUCAAGUAUAUUCCUGGAAGGCUGGCUGGAGCUGCACUUCUAGCGCCUGUAAUAAACUACAGGUGGCCCGGUUUUCCAAAGAACCUCUCACAAGCGGCGUAUAACAAACAACAGAUGGGAGAUCAGUGGGCUUUGAGGGUCUCAUACUAUGCCCCAUGGUUGCUCCACUGGUGGAUGAAGCAGCCCUGGCUACCUUCCUCGACAGUCAUCAAAGGCACCACUGACCUACCCAACCGCUUGGAUGCUUGGAUCCGUGAUCAGGCCAAGGCAAAUGGAAAUUUGGAAAAGAGGAUGAAACUGGCCACUCAGCAAGGUAUCCAGGAGUCAUUUUACCAGGAUAUGAAGGUGAUGUUCGGGAAGUGGGAGUUUGAUCCGAUGGACCUCUUGCAGCCAUCGUUUCCGGUCCAUGUUUGGCAAGGUGAUGAAGACGGGCUCGUCCCGCUCACCCUGCAGCGAUACAUCUGCGGCCGCCUCAGCUGGAUCGACUACCACGAGCUUGCGGCCACAGGGCACUACCUCGCAGCUGUACCCGGCUUAGGUGAUACUGUCCUUAAAACCCUUCUUGUUGAUCCGUCUUCACCAUGAGGGAUUCAGUUUGGAAGGAAAAAGCUCACCCCCCAUCUGCCACUACUUUUACUGGGACAAAGACAAAAAAAAAAAAGAAAGAAAGAAAGAACAUUGCUGUUGUUAUUGCUUAUCGACUUCUGCAACUUACACCAUUGGUUGUUGUCAUUUACCGUUCAAAAGAAAGCCAGUUUCCCGGCUUUUUAUUGUC